AUGUCGUCCCAAUACGACGGACAGGCUCCAGAAAACCCUGGUGGCGAGGAAGCUCACUACACCGCAGCUCGGAAUCGCCAGGAAGCCCUCGACGGCAUCCACGGUCUUGACAACAUGGCCCUCGAAUACCUCAUCGCCUGCGCAAACGAGGUCCACCCUGACCUCCGCGCCAUGAUCCUGCACUCCAUCCACCGCGUCGAGGGAAACCGCCUAUCCGCAUCUCCCUUUCGCAAUCUUAUCAACGCGGUUUGGCAGUCCAUUCAUGGCCGCCCAUCGGAAGGCAUCAGCUCUGACGAAAAUUUCCUGCUCGCCGAAGAAGUCGCGAAUGAAAUCAUGGCUACCAUCAGAAUCAUUCCCGUUUUGUGUGAAGAACAUGCCAACCCAGAGACUCACUUUCAAGCUCUCUCGGCCCUACGCCAAAUCGGAAAUAUGAUCAUAUGGGCUGGGCCUACCGAGUUGGGCCUUCGAGUGCGGGGCCACUUUGAUGGAAACUCUGCACUCGAAAGGUCGAUGCUGGGGGUAGUCGACCAAAUGACCCCCGUGGAAAAGCAGGCUAUCUGUAAUGGGCGGGUGGAUCGAUGGGAUGACAGCCCACUGCUGUCGAAGAUCCAAGAGCUACAAAAUGAAGGCCGAUGGUGUAUGCUCUACGACAACAUGCACUUGGUGAUUGAAGCCCUUCAUGACACGUCGCUGCCGGAUGACGACGAACCUGACGAUGAAAAUUGA